AUGAGUGCCAGUAAUGCCGACAAAGCAAGGGGCGGCUCUCCGACCCUUGCUGCCCCUGAUAUUCCAGAGUUCAUGACUGCAGUGCAAGGCAAGGACUAUGGAGCCAUCGAUGAAAUGCUCAUGGUCGAAGAAGGCGUCAAAGUGCCUCGGUUGGCCGACCUACCUGCAAAGAAGCAAGCUUCUCAUAUCGUCAUCAAGACUUAUGCAGUAGCGCUGGCCCCUGGUGACUGCCGGGUUUUGUCUGGGAUGACCCGUGAACUUCAGGGGCCUCCUUCCUUUCCCUAUGUUCCCGGUGGUGACUGUUGUGGAAAGGUUGUGGAAAUGCCAUCAGGUGUCGACCUUCCCUUUGAGUUGGGCGACGUUGUGGCAGCUCGCUUCAGUGAUGGACCCCGAGGUGCCCUUGGCGAAUACGCCGUUGUAGGUUCAAAUAUAUGUGGCAAAGUGCCGGACAAUGUAUCUCCUGAAGAAGCUGCUGCCUUGGCAGGAUCCACGCCAUCUACUCUGAUUGCUGAUCCUAUUAUUGAGGGCGAAAGGGUCUUGAUAUUGGGGGCUGGUGGAGGUGAGGGAAGCCACCUGUGCCAACAUGUCCGUCGCAAGGGCGCAAGCUUCGUCGUGGGUGUUUCGGAAGAUCCCGACCGUUUGCUGAAGGAACCGAUAUCGUGCGAUCGUGCAAUUAAUUACAAAACGGAAGAUGUGUUUGACAUGGAAGAAUUCCAAAAGGACCCAUUCGAUACUGUGAUUGAUUUGGCCGCAGGGGCGUGGCCAAGGAUUGUAGAAAGAGCUGUCCAGAAGAAGCCUCUCAUAGUCAAGACAGCGUCGCAAGGAGGACGAUUCUGGACGCCAACACCAGAUACCCCCAUCUUUGAGCUUCAUGGUAUUUGGGCAGGAUUGUCACUCUUUCUCUUUCCUUCUCUGGGCAGGGCAGUUUCUAGUCGCAUGUGGAGUCGAUGGUCGCUGCCAAAGUUCACCUAUACCAUGGCAAUUCCAGACACUGGAGAUGUCAUGACGCGAACACUGCAACUAGCCAAAGAAGGGAAGUUGAAAGCAGUGGUUGAUGCCAAAGGCCCCUUCCCGUUUACAACAGAAGGAGUUCGAGCGGCCUUCAAGGUGCAAGAGAGUCGCCACCCAAAAGGCAAGGUGGUUGUGCGUGUAGCAAAUAAAGACUAG